AUGCUCACACGAUACGGAGUCAUCUCAUGGCUCGCCCUGUCGACUCUGGCAGCCGCCAACCCUCCAGCAGCGCCUCCAGCCCAGCAGCAAUGCGAGCCGCCCAAGACCGAGACGAUUGUACACACCGUCCACGAGACCGUUCAUGUUCCUACAACAAUCCACAAGACGGUACACGUCACGCUGCCGGGAGAAGUGAAAACAGUCCACGUUCCCGUCCCGACGACGAUACACCAAAUCGAGACGGUCCACGAAAAGAUACCCGUACACGUCACGGUUCAUGUUCCGACAACAAUUAAAGAGACCGUACACGUCACUCAGCCCCCACAGGUGGUGAAGGAGACAAUACAUAUCACAGAAACGAAGAAGGAGGUCCAGACUCUUCCUCCUCAAGUGGUCAAGGAGACCAUCCACAUCACUCAGCCUCCUCAGACUGUGAAGGAGACGAUCCACGUGACCCUUCCCCCUCAGACAAUUCAUGUCACUCAGCCUCCUCAGGUGAUUAAAGAGACUAUCCACGUCACUCAACCUCCUCAAGUCAUCAAGGAGACGAUCCACGUCACCCAGCCUCCCCAGGUUAUCAAAGAGACGAUACACGUUACUCUACCUCCUCUGCCUCCUCAGACGAUCCACGUCACUCAGCCUCCGCAGGUGGUGAAAGAGACAGUCCACGUCACCCUUCCUCCGCAAACAAUUCAUGUCACUCAGCCGCCGCAAGUCAUAAAGGAGACGGUUCACAUCACUCAACCUCCUCAAAUCAUCAAGGAGACUUUGCCACCUCAGAUUGUCAAGGAAACCGUUCACGUCACCCUGCCUCCUGUUCGGGAGACGGUCCAUGUCACCUUGCCUCCUCAAGUAGUCAAGGAGACUAUCCAUAUCACGCAACCACCUCAGGUCAUCAAGGAGACGGUUCACGUGACGCAGCCUCCCCAGAUAAUCAAGGAGACUCUGCCACCUCUGCCGCCUCAAAUCGUCAAAGAAACCGUACAUGUCACUUUGCCUCCAGUCAAAGAGACAGUACACGUUACCUUGCCUCCUCAGAUAAUCCACCAAACCUUGCCGCCUCAGGUCGUCAAGGAGACGGUACAUGUCACCCUUCCUCCGCAGGUGGUCAAGGAAACAGUUCAUGUCACUUUGCCUCCCCACGUUAUCAAGGAAACAAUCCACGUUACGCAGCCUCCUCACAUCAUCAAGGAGACGAUCCAUGUUCCUCAGCCUGCGCAGACGGUACACAUAACGCAACCUCCCCAAGUCAUCCAUCAAACGGUCCAUGUCACCCAGACGGUCAGCCACUGCGCAACAACAGUUGCAGCCCCCGUCUUGGGCCACCAACCCUCCCCACCUCCAGCAGUGCAUCCCUCGGCGGCACCAGUAGCACCACCGGCUCAUGAAGCUCCCCCGCCGGCCCACAACAUGGCUCCCCCGGUCCACACACCUUCACCGGUCGCGCACCCUGCCCCGGUAGCCCCGCCGGUUCACCAAGCGCCGCCAGCCGAGGCAAUGCCCGUUCAUACACCUCCUGCUGAGGCUAUGCCGGUACACACACCUGCCGCUGUCCCUCCCGUCCACGAAGCCCCGGCAGUUGCUCCUCCAGCCCACGCGGCGCCUCCCACUGAGGCUACGCCCCCUGCUCAUCAGAUCCCUCCUAUUGGGUUCACACCAAUCAACCCUCCAGCAGAGGUGCCAGCGGCACACCCUAUGAAGAUGAGGUUUAUGGCUCGGAGAUAA